CCUACAAAACUCAUACAUACCUUGUUGUCUAUGCCUAUAAAUUGUGACACCACCAAGUCCUCCAUGCAACUCACAACUAGUGUGACCAUUUCCUAAAACAUAAGCCCAGAAGCAUAAAUUUCACACAAAAAAAUUCACAACACGGAGGAUCAUUAAAAGGUGGAGAUGCAAAACAAGGCAACAGUUGAAAUGCUCUACAUGGCACUAUUAGGGCAAGAAACAAUGGACAAUGUGGCCAAACUGCUAGCAAGUGACCUUGAGUGGUGGUUCCAUGGCCCUCCUCAAUGCCACCACAUGAUGAAGGUGCUCACAGGGGAAACAGGUCACACCAAGGGCUUCCGGUUCGAGCCGAAGCAAGUCACCGCCAUUGGAGACUGCGUGAUUGCCGAGGGGUGGGAGGGCAAGGCCUAUUGGGUGCACGUUUGGACCCUCAAAAAUGGCCUCAUAACUCAGUUUAGAGAGUACUUUAACACGUGGCUUGUGGUGAGGGAUUUGAGGACACCAAGGAGGGAAGAUAGCAAAGAUAGCAUGACAUUGUGGGAAAGCCAGCCUCGUGAUCUCUAUCACCGGUCACUGCCAGGACUUGUGUUAACCAUUUAGCCACAACAACACUUGAUGGUUGUGGUUAAUUGGAACUUGAAUUGGAAGCUAGUUAUUAGGGACGUGAUGUAUAAUGUACCUUAUAGUGGCCCCUACGGAUUAAACAUGUUGCUCUACAACAUUGGAACUAUUAUACUGUUCGUACAUAUUUGGCUUGUGGACCUGGUUGAUUGUUCAAUAAAAUGGUUUUCAUCAAUUUGAAUCAAAAGGCUAAAAUUAUUGUUUCUUGU